AUGCCGAAAAAUGGUACAGAUGUUCCAUGCCCGCGAGGAACCCAGAGCAAGAAGAAACGGACCAAGUUGACUCCAUCCGAGCAACGACUCGCCGCAUUUGAAGCACCCGAAGCCUCUUGGGCAAAGAAGUCAUUCAGUCAAUUGGCUAUUGAACGAACAAAACCCCCAGGCCCCGCUGAAACCGCUCCCGGCCGGCCUCCUGAUGGGGAAGGAGACCGUGACGGGCCCUUUCCUGGUUUGGAAAUGUGGCUACCCGAUCGGGAACCAAUUCAUCCACCUUCAACCCCUCCGCCUUCGAACUUCAAAGAAUACCUUGCCAUGCCUUCCUACAAACGAAAACGCAUACGAGAAGAACGUCAGUGGCAGCACAUCACCAAGGUCAUGUUGCCGGAAUAUCUGAAGUGUAGCCAAAUGACUUCUCAAUGGGGAAAUCUUUCAAAGUGGAACCACGAUUGGCAUCCAACUUGCUCAAAUCCUGCAAGAUGUACCAGCCGCCCUCCUCGCGAAGUCGAUAUGGUCGACAUUGCUAUGCGAGAGAAGCAGAAAAUUCAAUUCUGCGAUUGCCAGUCGGAUCAAGUCCGAUUGCUCCAGAUGGGGUAUAUCGGCGGUACACCAGUCCAUCCAGUCACAGCGUAUUCAGUUCGCUUAUUACGGUCAUACCAUACUUUAUGGAAGCAAUCAAGCGUACCAAUCUCAAAGUAUGCUAAUUACUUAGAUGAAUUUUUAGACGCCUUCUCCCCUCGAAUAGUUGUCAAAGGCACGGACAAGCCUCGGCAGUGGCGUCGAACGCUUUCAUGCGCUGUUGAUGCCUAUAGGGAACUAAACCGAUUACAGGACGAGCUUAUCGAACGUGCUCUCCAGCUCAAUUCGUUGGACAACUUGGCAGGCAAUUGCCCACGAUGCUUUGGACCAUUGCCUGCUUCCGAUCGACUCGUGGGGUGCGAGGCAGAUUAUCAUGUCUGCCUCGAUGCCAAUUUCCAGCAGCGAAGGCACGAAUCAGCAAGCGACGAGUAUGAAGAGCUCGGAGCAAUUCUCACGGAUUUAUUUUUACCUCAAAAGCGAGUUGAUGAGUGGGCUGACAAGUUGGAUCGUAGUCCACACCCUGCGGAGGCCGAAUUGGAUUGCUGCACUACGCAGCACAAAGCUGCUAAUGACCAACACACUGGGAAGACCUGGCGUGCGGCCGCUGAAACAGGAGUUAUGGGUAUGGGAUGCCGGCAUGACAAUCUGCUGUCCCUCAUCAGCAUCAACACCGGUGAACGAGCUUACUAUGCGAUGGCGUUGAUCGAUUGGCUAUUGGAACAGAUCGCUGAGGCUGUACAGGGUCAAGACUACAAGCGUAACGAGAUUUUCGAAGCUGCUCGGGCUCAUGGUCAGCUGCAAUUCGCAACCAGUCUUUUCCAUUCCUACGUCCAUCAAUGGUCAUGUCAACUUAAAUACAAUCCACGAUUAAACAUGGGAUGGGGACUUACUGAUGGUGAAGGUAUGGAAAGGGACUGGUCAGACUAUAGUGACCUUGUAGCUUGCCUCAGGUAUGUUACUCAGGCACAUCGUAUCAGAGCUUUAACCAUCCGAGGUCACCAUCUUAAUGAAAGGAAGCGUUUAAAUUCGGCAGCAAUCUCAUCACACAACUGCCUAACAAUCUCCGAACAACUUCGUAUUAUCAGUGUUUGCAAAAUCUCAACACUUGAACUGCAGGGAAAAGGUCAACAAUACCUUGCUGAGCAGUGGGACCGACAGCGCCACUGUCAGCUUGAGGCAAUGUCUAAUGACAAUCGCGCACUUCUAAAGAGUGAGCUAGAGACUCUAUUGGAUCUUGAAGAGCGAUUUAUUAAUGCUCAUAAAAAGUUGAAACUAUUGCAAGCAAAAAAUCGUCGCUCUCGAACCGAGGCUGAACAAGAAUCAUUGCGCCGACUACCAGAUACACUGGUACUUUUUGAGGAGCAGAUUGAGUUAUCAAUGCAAAGGCUUGGUUCAGGAGAUUUUCAUGAAGAAGUUGGUAUAACAGAUCCACAAGGACGGGGUUUGAUCAGAAUUCAGCUGGCUAAAAUGAAGCUCUUGGAGGCUAAGGCGGGUAUUGUUGAAGUUCAGAAUGAAUGGGAUCAGCGCGGUUUAGGGUGCCGAAAACACGAGCGAUACCGAACCUUGAUGAAAGGUAAACAAGAUCAGUUUCAAAAAAAAUACAAAACUUUUGAGACACAGAUCAACGAUUACUCGUGGUUGGUGUUCCAUUAA